AUGAAAUUCGCGAUCCCUUUUGCGCUGAGCGCAACAUCCACGGCGGUGCUGGCCACGGGCCUCCGGCAGCAAGAACCACUCGCGCGCUUGACACCCUCGAUCGUACAGAACCAGCAGCUCACGAAAUACCUCAUCGAGUUGACGCCCUAUCAAACGCGAUGGGUGACCGAGGAAGAGAAAUGGGAGCUGAAACUGGAUGGCGUCACGUUCAUGGAUGUCACGGAGGAGUUCCAAUCCGGGGCCUACGGUACCCUGCACACGAAACAUGUUGUCCGAUACCCCAUUGAGAUGCAGCACCAACCGGAUGUCGAGCCCCUGCUGAAGCAACUGUCCACGGAUCACAUGUACAAGAAUCUCGAACACUUCACCUCCUUCCACACGCGAUAUUACAAAUCCGAGACGGGCAUCGAGUCCGCAACAUGGCUGUAUGACCAAGUCACAUCGGUGCUCACCGAGUCGGGCGCCACCGAGCAUGGCGCGACCGUCACCAAGUUCCAUCACCCAUGGGGCCAGUUCAGCAUCAUCGCGCGCAUCCCCGGCCAAACCAACAAUACCGUGGUGCUGAGUGCGCACCAGGACAGCAUCAACCUGUUCCUUCCGUCGAUCCUGGCUGCGCCAGGCGCGGAUGACGAUGGCAGUGGGACGGUCACCAUCCUCGAAUCCCUCCGGACUCUGCUGCAGUCCGAGACGAUUUCGCACGGCCAGGCGCCGAACACACUCGAGUUCCACUGGUACUCUGCGGAGGAGGGCGGCUUGCUGGGCUCUCAAGCUGUCUAUUCGCAGUACAAGAAGGACAUGCGCGAGAUCCGCGCCAUGCUUCAGCAGGAUAUGACCGGCUAUGUCCAGGGAACUCUGGAUGCCGGUCUCGAAGAGUCUGUAGGAGUCAUUGUCGACUACGUCGACCCGGGACUCACCUCGUUCAUCAAGGAAGUGAUCACCACUUACUGCGACAUCCCCUUUGUCGAAACCAAGUGCGGCUAUGCAUGCUCCGACCACGCCUCCGCCAGCCGAUUUGGCUACCCCUCCGCCUUCGUCAUUGAGUCUCAAUUCGAGCACUCCGACAAGAAGAUCCACUCGACCGAAGAUAAGAUCAAGUACCUGAGCUUCGACCACAUGCUGCAGCAUGCGAAGAUGAGCCUUGCCUUUGCCUAUGAGCUGGCAUUUGCGCCGUUUUAA